UGUGUAGUUCAUGCAGAGAGGGCUGGACGCAGAGCUGAAGAAGCAGCUGGAUGAGGAGGAGAAGAGGAUCAUCAGUGAUGAGCACUGGUUCCUGGACCUUCCUGAGCUCAAGGCCAAAGAAAACUAUAUAAUUGAGGAGAGAAGUUGCGUUCCCUGUGAGGAUUUGGUUUAUGGCAGAAUGUCAUUCAGAGGCUUCAAUCCUGAAGUUGAGAAAUUAAUGUUACUAAUGAACACGCACAAAGAGGAAGAGGAGGACGAAGAGGAGGACGAUGUGAGCAGAAUGGAAACUGAUAUUACAGAUGAAGAGAUGGCCAGACGAUAUGAAAGCUUGGUUGAGAGCAUGAGGAACAAGUUUGCCAAGAAAAGAAAUCGCUCCACGGUUACGAAGAGUGAAGAGGAUGUCAACUGCAAUGUUGUUGGUGAUCAGCCCAAAAAGGUGUUCCUGAAACCUCAGGACUGAUAUCACACAACUGCGCUGUCUAUAAGUGUUUAUUUUUUAUGCAAUGGACAUUUUUUAUGUUUAAUGACGACAACAUGAUUUUAUGGAAAGGG